ACGUUACAUAGAGAAAAAUAAGGGAGAAAAUAUUUCGAAUUCAAAACUACUCUCAAACAAAAACCUAACCUAACCUCUCCAGUGUCUCCGACUCGUUUUUCACCGAUGAUGGCUGCUUCUUCUUCAACUCAAGAGGAGACAUACUUGUUAGGGUUUGUGACUGUUAACAUAGUUGGUCUACAACACUAUUUUGCUUCCAUUAAAGACCGUCAAGUGGUAGGUUUACUUCCAGAACCUUUCAAUUCUUAUGAUGAAAACGCAAUUAAAGUUCUAGAUGUUAAGAAAACUCAAACUCAAGUUGGAUACAUUGAGCGUUCUGCUGCUGCUAUUUUAUCUCCUCUAAUCGAUACUCGCCAAAUUCUUGUACAAGGUAUUGUACCUAAAACCCUAGGUGUUAACAAUCGAUAUAAAAAGCCUUGUCAGGUACAUAUUUUUGCAAAGAUUGAGGAUUUCGAAACUGUUAAAUCUGUGAUAAUGGAAUCUGGGUUGCAGUUGAUUUCUGGUUCUAAUCCAGCAUUUACUCAAUCAGAAUCUGCUAUUGUUAAAGAACUUCAACCAAAGAAAAAGUUUAAAAAGAUUGAUGAAGUUUUUAAUUUUGUGUCUGAUUCUGAGAAAGAAAAGGGUGUACGAUGGGAAGCCUUGGAACCACCUAAGGAAAUCAUCAAGACUGAGUUGUUAGAUCAUCAAAAGUUAGGGUUAGGUUGGUUGGUUCAUAGGGAGAAUUCUGAUGAAUUGCCACCUUUUUGGAUUGAGAAAGAAGGAGAUUAUGGGAAUUUGUUGACGGAUUUUCAUACAAGAGAACGGCCUGCACCUUUAAGAGGUGGGAUUUUUGCUGAUGACAUGGGUUUGGGGAAGACACUUACUUUACUAUCUUUAAUUGCUACUAACAGACCAGACAACACAAGUAACGGUAGUUUGGAUAAAUUGGGAGAAGACGGAGAACAGGAAGAACAAUGGUCUGUUUUAGUGAGUGGAAAUGAGUCUAAGAAGAGAAAGCAGAUACUGAAAACUGUUGACUCGAAUAAGAAACGUAGAACAAACACUGAUUUGGAGGAUGGAAAUUGUGGCGUUUUGGGGCCAAGGACGACGUUGGUUGUUUGCCCCCCAUCGGUUUUUUCGACGUGGGUAACACAACUAAAUGAACAUACAAGACCUGGUCAUUUGAAGGUGUACAUGUAUUAUGGAACACGAACAAAUGACCCCGAGGAGCUUCAGAAGUAUGAUAUUGUUUUGACAACUUACGGUACUCUCGCCUCUGAGUUUAAAAAUAGCGAAUCACCUGUCAAAAAGGUUAGCGAAUCUCCUAUCAAAAAGGUCAGCGAAUCUCCUAUCAGUAAGGUCGAGUGGUUCCGAGUUAUUUUGGAUGAGGCACAUGUUAUUAAGAAUGAGAAAUCUUCCCAAGCUGUAGCUGUUCUUUCUUUGAAAGCCUUGAGGAGGUGGGUAGUUACAGGAACACCUAUUCUGAAUGGCGCAUAUGAUUUGUAUUCUCUCGUGGCCUUCUUGAAGUUUGAGCCAUUGUCAGUUAAGAGUUAUUGGCAAACCCUGGUGCAACAACCACUUGAUAAAGGACAAUCGAUUGGGCUCUCACGUCUACAGAAUAUCAUGGCAAGCCUCUCUUUGCGAAGACAUAAGGACGAUGGUUUGGUCGAACUGCCACCUAAAACUGUUGAAACUUGUUUGGUGGAGCUCUCUGUUGAAGAAAGGGACAAGUAUGACCAAAUGCUAAUGGAUUAUCAAAAUGUGGUACGCAACUAUAUCCAUCGUGACAAUGUUGUGCUCAAUUACUCAAGAUUACUUAGUAUUGUUUUGAGGCUACGUCAGAUCUGUAACGAUGUAACCUUGUGUCCAACAGAAGAAUUACUUCCGUCAUACAACAUUGAAGAUGUAUCCAGUAAUCCUGAAUUGCUUCAGAAGUUGGUGUCAAUUCUACAAGAUGGAGAUGACUUUGACUGUCCAAUUUGCAUUUCUCCACCAACUGGUACCAUCAUCACAUGUUGUGCUCAUAUCUUUUGCAAAAACUGUAUUUUAAAAGCCAUCCAGAAGAAUUCUUGCUGCCCUUUGUGCCGUCACAGUCUUUCCGAGUCAGACCUCUUCUCUGCCCCACCAGAAGAAUCUUCCGAGGACUGUGAAAAUAGUGAUUCUUCAAAUGGAAGUAAUACCUACUCCUCUAAAGUUUCAGCACUGUUAAAACUUCUGAUAGCCUCUAGGAAGGAAAAUCCAUCAAGAAAAUCAGUCGUGUUUUCACAAUUUAGAAAGAUGUUGGUCUUACUCGAACGACCGCUAAAGGAUGCUGGUUUUAAGAUUUUGAGAUUAGAUGGAUCAAUGACCGCAACAAGGAGGGGUAAGGUGAUCAAAGAAUUCGAAAAUCAGGGGUCAGAUUCAGCUACUGUGCUUCUAGCAAGUCUUAAAGCUUCAGGAACUGGGAUAAAUCUUACGGCUGCGUCUAGGGUAUACUUGUUUGAGCCAUGGUGGAACCCUGCAGUUGAAGAACAGGCCAUGGACCGUGUUCACCGAAUAGGACAAAAGGAAGAUGUCAAGAUUGUGAGGCUAAUAGUUGAGAACAGCAUUGAGGAAAGGAUAUUGGAGUUACAGUCGGGGAAAAAGAAUUUAGGAAGUCAAGGUUCUAGAAAGAAUAAGGAUACGAGACAAAUGGGUGGUGAAGAUAUUCGCCUCUUAUUGGAUUUGUGAACUCUUCCUGGACUGUUACGAUGAUCAGUUACGUAUGUUCAUAUACACAAGUCUCACUCCAAAAGACUUUAAACCUUAUUUCAACUUCCCUUGGCUUCGGUUGGUUAUGUGUAGUCCUCACUUCUCACUCUUUUGCUCUUCCUGGGUUUUGCCACCAUAAUGUGGUUGGUUAUGUGUAGUCCUCACUUCUCACUCUUUUGCUCUUCCUGGGUCUUCCCACCAUAAUGUUCCCUGAUUGUCCUGGCUACUAACAUAGGUUUUGGAACCUCGGCAUUUUUGGUGUCGUAUUACUUUUUGAGGAAAAUGGCAAUUAGUUCAGUGUAAAUUCUGUUUGCAACUGCUAACAUUUUGCUGGAACAUGUUUUUAAGAAAUGCAAAGGCGAUGGUUCAGUAGGUACUAGUCUUUCUUGUGGUUAUUGCUUCUUGUUUUGCUGUUCUUUCUAUAUUCUUUAAUUUUGUU